AUGGGGACCGAGGCAACAGCACCGGGAGGUGCGCCUAACGCAGAAAUCGCGUUGAGGGCCUCAUCAAUUGCGGUACUGCUGCUUUGGAGAGUGGCCGCAAUCAGGACGGCAAUGAUGCGACCAAGACGCAUGCUUGAUUACAAGUUUGGACGAAAAGAUGACAAGCAGUUUAAAGACCAUGUUAGUCAGUCAAGAAAUUUUUCAGAAGACCGCACGUAUUUCUAUGCUCUCAUUCCGCUUAAAAUGCGCCUUGCUUUGCAGUAA